GCCCUCUGAUUGGCUGGACAGCAGGGCGGAAGUGCGUGUGGUGUCCCAGCUGUGGUGAAAACAAAACAAGAUCGGACGCGACUGCACCAUGAUGGAUGAGUUGGUGCAGGACCUGGUGUCUGCACUGGAGCAGACCUCGGAGCAGACUAAGCUGGGAGAGCUGUGGGAAGAAAUGGUCCUGAGUCCCCUCCAGCAGCGCCGGCAGAUCCGCAGACGAAGAGGCCGCAAGCGCCAUCGAGAAUCCUCCCUGUAUCCGCUGGAGCACAGGCGCUGCUGGAUCGAGGCAUCAGAGUCCAGCUUGGAUGAGGCUUCGAGAGGCUACAGGAGGAAUCCACCUUCAAACUUCACUGCCUCUGUGGCGAACUGUAGCGACUCCGAUGACAUGACAGCAACCAGCCGGUGGCACAGUCUCAUGAGACCUCCAGCCAGAACUAGGCAUCCCUCCUGGCCAGAGUCUGACUCUUUUACUGAGAAUAAUCCAGCAAGACUCAGGAGACGGAGGAAGGUGAAACGUAUGACCUCUGAUGUUACAGUCAGGAUGCAGCAGAAGCUAAGGGUUUCUCAUGUGGAUGGGAAACGGAGGAGCAAGUCCUCAGGGAUGAGACACCUGUCAGGAUCAAAGAAGAGAUCUGGUGGGUGGGUUGGAACAGACAGACAGACGGAAGGAACCAGGCUGAUGGGAAAGGAACGCUGGAAGAGAAAGAUCUCACUGGAGGCCAAAGAGCACAGAGAAGGUGCAGAUGAGAACAUGUCUGAUGGUGAAACCAGCAGUACAUGUAGCAGCGACCCUGGCCUUUUCACCAACGAUGAGGGAAGACAAGGUGAUGAUGAGCAAAGUGAUUGGUUCUUCGAGGGGGACUGUGGAGUCGGGACAGGUGUGGCCGGUCUUAUGACCAACUGGGACUCAGACAGCCAGCUUUCCCUCGAGGAUAGCCGUCCUUCGCCCACUUUCCUGCAGCCUGCACGGCCCUCCCACAGAGGGUGUCAUUCACGUCUGAAACGACUACCUCGCACUGCUGCCUGCUGCAUCAGAAAAGACAGAAGGCGGCUUCCCAGCAAGAGCAGCAACAUGCCGGUAUUUGUGGAGAGGCUACGACACUUUUCUCAAGACCCUUAUCAAAGAGAUUUUUGGCUGCCUUCUGUUGGGAUACGGGACCGAAGCCAGUUGAACCCUUUGUGCCCAUUACCCGUGUGUCCUAUUGACAUGGUGUCAGAGAGCUCCCGUCUCAGAUGUUCCUCCUCAAUCUGCACAAACAGGCAGAAUACCAUCAAUCCGGGGCUGUUUUGUACAGAAGACAUCAGACGGAGGAGAAGGAAACCAGAAGCUGUGUCCCUCAUGUCAGCCUACAGCCCAUUUCAUAAGGAUCACCAGAGAGAAGAGGAACAGAGGGCCGGUAACACCUCAACCCCAGAGGCUGUGGGGGCUUCAGGGGCAUCAAGGGCACAUGGUUCACAGUCUAGUGCUGUUCAACCAGGCCUCAUUCAGCACCAGAGUUUACCGUUUCCCCACGGAGACCAUGAGGAGACCUGAAAAAGCCUGAACAAAUAUACCCAAGCCUAGAAGAACAAGACAGAUGUAAAUGUGUGGUGCCAGACACUGAAAGGCUAAACUUCUUCCUUUAUAAGUUUGUGAAAAUACAAAGCACAUCGUUACUCUUCAAAUCAGCAUGUGACUGCUAAACCCAAUUUUUCCAGGUAGUAUAUUAAGCAUGUCAAAUGGUAAUGCAAUCAAGGCUUGUUAAUCCCUCCGCCAUCUCCUCCAAGAAGAUGGCAGCUUCAAGAGGCCCCUCAUUUGACUCGGCAGCUCCUCCUGUUUCUACUCGCAGUCUCAGGGCCACCUGCUACUACACAAUCCAGCAAUUAUGUCCACUCUUGUAGUUCAGUGUUUGUCAGCAGGGACACUGGGAGGAUGGUCAGGUGAGGCUCGGUGGCUGCGGGGGAAGUGCGCUCUGCUUUCCACCAGCGAACGAUUGCUGUGGAGCAACACGUAGUGAGCCCAGAGACAGGAGAGCAUCAGAAUGUUUAGCUACCCCAUGCUGCUACAGAGUUCAGAGAGGCGACCACCAGAGGAGAGCCGUAUAAAGUACAGGCUUCCUAUUAGCAUGGAUUUAAAAAGAUACAGUUUUUACAAAGGUGCUCAUUAGCACAACACAGAGGGAGUGUAGUUUUAGUCCUCCGAGGGCCGCCUCUGUUCUCCACAGCGUACCAUCCAUAUUCAAAUUUCGCUAAACGUACAGUAUUUAAGUUCAAGGCUCACUACAAAUCUGUUUGAACAGUCUGUUUUUCAGUAGUGGGUGGAUUAGUUGCUUUUGGAACUGUGGAUGAGAGCCAGCAGAGAGGAGUUGGUGCAGCUCUUGGAGACAGGAGAGAAGAGUCAUACACAGUAUUUUCACCUACCCUUGGGGUAUACAUUUCCUGGGCUCUCUCGGCAUCAGAUGCAUUAAAAGAUCAAUGGCAGCAUACAGUGAGAUCAGACAUAAGAGUUCUGUCCACACUGGUAAACAAAUAGGUUUUUCAGAUAAAUACCGUAUAUUUUAUGUAGUAUUCAAGCGAUGUACAUUCUGCUUGACCUAAACCAUUAAGAUAUACUGUUUAACACUCCAACACACAUUCACUACACACAGAAAUAUGUGCAUAUAUUGAAUUUCCAUGCGUUUAUAAAAUGAAAACUUACACCGCCUGACCAAAAAAUGUAACCAAGCAAAUACAUAAGAGCCUUCUGUGGAAUAAUUACAGCUGUGAUUAAUAUGUUUUAUCUGUCCUUUAACUCUAACUGAUGCAGUGAGUAGCUUCUCAUUUCUUAAACAACUGUCAGUUUAGAGCAUACUGAAGAUUGGACUGUACAUUGGAAAAGGUCAUAUGGUCUGAUUAGUCCAGACUGACCUUGUUCCAUAGUGAUUGGCGCAUCAGGGUGAAAUGAGAGGUGGAUGACGUAAUUACCCAUCAUGCCUAGUGCCUGCAGUACAAGCCUGUGGGGGCAGCAUUAUGAUGUGGGGUUGCGCCAGUUGCUCAAAUCUAGAAACCGCAACAUCAUGUGUCUGUAAAAUGACAGAAAUAAAUGCUGUGACAUUGCAUUAGCUUAUCAAAACACUGGUGAAUGCACGCUAUAAUCAAAACUAAACAUGGUCCGGCGAAGUAUUUGAGACAUUAGUGUUGGACUUGAAGCUUGUUAGAAAUGAGAACUGCUUCAUUUAUUUACACUAGGUCCAGCUGAGCAAAAUACAUUCUUUAGUAGAUGUACAAAAUAUGUUGUCAUAUAGUUUUAUAUAUAUAUAAUGUUUGUGUAACCAUGUGUCUGCAUGUGAUAAUAAUGCACUAUAUGGAAAAAAAAUAUUGGGACUCCUUGAAUUCAGGUGUUUCACUGUCAACAGGGGCUGGGCCACAAAACAAUAAUGAUAAAUGUCUUAAUUUUAUGUUGUGGUAAAUAUCGCAGUGAAUUAUUUUGUGAGUUUGUGCUUAAUUUUACUUAAUGUUGAGAUUUUUAUUAUUAAUGGUUGUAUAAAAUUACAUGAACAUUUUUAUCUUUAUAAUAUUUCAAAUCAAAGGGAAUGAGAAACUGGGGGUGUGAUGUUUCCCAAUAUUUGUGUCCAUUUUGUGCAUAUCUCCUACAUCUCUCUUGAUUCACUUCAUAUGGGGACAUAUACAUGAUCUAUGGACUUUAUGGAAUCCAAUAGUGAGACAAGAACAGAGUGUACAAGUUUUAAUUCAAAGUAUGAUGGAAGUCUUCCUAGCAACAAGAAGGGUCACUUGGUAUGCACAGUCUGUACUGAUUAGGAGAUAACUUUUUAGUGAAAUGAACUACACUAUUAUCAGCUACAUAUUGCAUGUCUUUUCAGGCACUUUUAAAGCCUUAUUCAAGAGAAGAAUCGCAUUUAGUAGAAUGAGAUUUGCCAAUUAACGUGAGUUAUACGUCUGCAAUAAUCCGUCUGAGAAGGCUUUAUGUGAUCAUGUUGGCCAGGGAUGACAUUUAUAAAUGCUGUGUGUGCACACUCGUCUAAAUGGAUGCCUCACACAAGACAUCCUGCCACAGGAAUCAGUCAAAGCGUUGAGGGAGAGCCCCACACCCCACACCUCCACCCCAGGCUUCUACUACUGCAGCUUGACCACAGUGGGUGCAGGGAGUCUGGUGGUGCACAGGCUCCACCUGGGUAACGCAUCUGAUUGAUAGGAAUAGCACAAGUGGAGGCUCGUAAUUAGAAAAAAGAAGCUUUUGAUAAAUACAUUGAUGGCUGUUGGGAGACAUAUGCCCCUGAACACAGCUGACAAGUAUUGACUGUGUAGUGUUUUACGGAGAGCUUCGCACUGUUGCCGUAUCCGUCAGUCUGUGUUUUGGUGCCAAGACAUUGAUGGGGAAGAAGACACAUCAGUUCAGAUACAGUUCCAUUAGUGGCAGUAGAAUAUACCUCACCUGCCUCCAUGGUAAUUAGCAGUCACCAUAAUGACAUCUCAGCCGGACCGUAUGCCCCAAAAUGAAUUUCUAAUGGCCAGGAAGUGGGGGAAUGGCUUCCGUGCAGCCAGUCAAUUGCCCUGUUACAGUUAAGGAAUCCAGCAGGCUGGUACCGCUCAUAUUUCAUCCCAGGUAAAGAUUACCUGUCAGGCCCAUGGGAGAUGUAUUGAUCUGUUUUCCUUUUUCCGCCAGCAAUCACCUGACAAAGGCACCUAGGAGGCGAGUGAAUGAGUGAUGCCUGGUCUGUCUGCUCCAGUGUGGUGGCUUCUAGUGUCCACUGAUGGGUGGAGAGGUGAUGAGGAAGAAGGAGAGAUAAUGCAAUCAUAAACUGUGUUUGAACCUCCUCUGUAUGCAUACAGGGCAGCCCCUUUGUCCUGCAGGUCACAGGUCAGUGGGGAAUUUGCUUUUUUUCCACUUCCUUUCUUGUCAGUAGCGUUUGUUCUGCUGUGUAGUGCGUAGUUUUGAUAGAAACACAUGCAAAAGAGGCUCUCUGGUUCCUGCUGACAAAUGCAUGUUGCGAGUCACAGAAGUUCAACUCACUUUGGAUUUCAAAAACGAUCUGGUUUGAUCUGGCCACCCUUCUCACAAUGAAAUCCGACCUUGUGUGGUCUCUGGGUUUCCCUGUGGUGAUGCUGCACAAGCAAAGAUCAAUAUAUUUUACAUUAUCGCAUGUUUUCUUGGCAGCUAAAAGUAUUUAUAUAUUUGCCUUGUUCAGUGGAAUGUCUACAGUAAUUUUAUCCACGAAGCCCUGCAUUUAAAGUGAUUGCACUGUAUGUGUAUUAUUUAUGAUAUGAUGCAUAAUUAUUAGUCCAUUAAUUGAGGAUUUAGGUCUGAGGACAUUAAAUUCAUAAAUUCAAUUUGAUGAUAGAUAGAACAGUAGAUAAGUCCCUCUUAUUUUGUACUACCAUAUUUUUUAAUUUCACUUACAAGGAUUUAAAUAUAUCUCCCUGAUAUCAGGGCUCUUAGGCAGCUAUCCACAUUUGAUACGUAGUACAAAUAGCAUCUUAUCUCAUAGGAUGUUAUCUUUAUAUUUAAUAGCAUUGGAGGCAUGCCUAAUUGCUUUGCAAAUGAUCUAAAGAGGAUUACUCCACCCUUAGAAAUCCUGCACGAUGUCGCUAGAUGUUAGAGACAUUACAAUGGUAAAAUUCAAUCAAAGCUGCAGUGCAGUGUUUGUACAUUUUGCUCUGUUGUACAUGAACAUCAUGUUUGGUCAAAGUAAAUAUCUGCACCAGGUGCUUUCUCCGCUAUUACUCCUAAGAACACAUAUGAAUGUAGACUAAUUCAGCAAGGGUGUUUUAAGACAUCUUGUUUAUUUAUCACAUUUCUGCAUCUUUGAAAACAAUAAAAUAGGAUUGUUUAGUCAUCAUGAAUUCAUGUAAUAUCAUAGGUGGUAUUGUAAUCAUUCCUCCAUGCUAUUAGUAUUUAAAGAAACAAAAAGUGUAUGUAUUCCAAAUACUGACUUUGUGUGCAAUAAAUGGCUUUUGAGAAUUAUGACUGAG